AAAGGUAACAUUUUCCUGCAUGAUACUCCCAGAUACAAUAAUACAAAACUAAUGGUAAUCCAUUACACAGUGAGGACAGUAACUGACCCAUACUCAGAAUUUGUGCUCUGCAUUUACCCCAUCCAAAGUGCAUUUUAUGCUGCAGUGCCUGGAGAGCAGUUGGGGGUUCGGUGCCUUGCUCAAGGGCAAAUCAGUCAUGGUAUUGCUGGCCCGAGACUCGAACCCACAACCUUAGGGAUAGGAGUCAAUCUCUCUGACCACUAGGCCACGAGAAGAGAAGAGUAAUUAAAUGUUGUGUAAUGCAGUUCAAUACAGUUAUGCCAGAGAAACAUCUCUCACUGAAAACUUACCUAAAUGACACUCAUCUUGAUUAUCCUUGUCGACUUUGUUUCUUUCCACAAAUAUGACAUCUUUGUAUGCAACGUCCUUAGAUAUUUUUCUCAGUUUUUGAUUUGGAAAGGAUGCUUCUUAAUGCUUGUAUCAUCAAAUUAUGAAGUUAAUGAAAAGAUUAACUUCAUGUGGUCUUUGACAAAUUCAUUAUUAACAGUAUAAAUGUAACGCUUCAGAACAUUACGUAAGAGGACAGUGUGCGUGGCAGGGGGCUGAGGUGUGAUUGGUUGGUGGUUAAAGUAAGUAAACAAGCACCCAAAGUAAUGCAAUCCUAAAAUAUAUAAAACUCAAAAUGUAAUUUCCUUACCUAAAAUACAUAAUUUACAGUCACUGUCAAUGCAUAUCGAUCAACACAGAAUAAUCAAAUGUAAAAUAGUAUUGCAUAGUCUUCACUGUGUAAAUUAAAUAUAGAUUAUGGUGGUUCUUGUUAAACCUAAAAAUGUAUUCAGUCAAGAGCAGUGAGUUAUUUUCUUUCUUUAAUGAUCUUGGAUUGACAUUAAGGACACCGACACAGCCGUGCGCCAACUAUAAUCAGAUUCAUCACAACCUUUCUACUAGCGAUGGCCCUGGGUAGAAUGCAAAAUGUUUCAAUACAAGCAUUUCAGUCAAAUGUAAUCUAUGCAAUAUUUCAAACCCAUGGCUGACAGCUCAUGCUGGAGGAUUUGCUGCUCCACAGAUAUUGAGCUCAUUGACAAAUAUCUGAUCUAGCUUUACACAGCAUGCAUGAUGGUAAAAUGCAAAGUGAAAGUGAACAACGAGCGCUCAUUAUAACGAGAUUUAAAUACUCUGCAAAUUGUUAGCGGCUCCCUGAUGCCCGAAAAUUAUAUGCAAUAUUAGAAUAUUUGCUGGAGCACUGGGCACAAAAAAUAACGGGAGGGGGCGAUAAUGGUCAGAAAUUCACUGGGAGCAAGAUUUGGGUAUUGUUCAUUUUAAGAAUUGCUCUUUGUAUUUCCCAAACAUUUCCAAUGAGCGCAAACAACACAAGUGUGACUUGAACAAUGACCAAUACCAGAGGGUUAAAAAUUACUCUAUAAAGUACACGCGAGUGAAUACAUUUUAAAUUACAUUUAAAUGUGAAAUUGUAAUGACCUAUAUUAAAUGCUAAUUUAAUUGGUGCAUACAAUUAAAUGUUUAACAAGGAAUUAAUGUCAAAUUAACUAUGCAAUUGCAAAUCACUAUGAAAGCAUAGAUUAAAUGAUCGUUUAAAAACCUUUUAGACUUUUAUUUUGAAACGUGAUGAGUCGUUUGCUUUGGUCGCUGACUUCACUACAUAAAAUGGACAGGUCGGUCGCUAAUCCUUCUGUGUGGGACACACAACAACUGUAUAAACACCACGAGCAACGAACUGUUGCCCAAACACGCCCAAAAUACAGAGAGGGAAGGCGCCUCAAAGCUGUUAAGGUGUAUACCAUCAACUUGGAGUCUCGGUUUCUGUUAGUUCAAGGAGUGCCCGCUAUUGGAGUGAUGACCGAGCUGGUGCAGCUGUUCGCUCUGUAUGGAGUGAUCGAGGAGUACAGGGCUCUGGAUGAAUACCCAGCAGAGCAGUUCACCGAGGUCUACUUAUUUCAGUUCAAGAAACUGACGAGUGCAAGGGUAGCUAAACGGCACACUGAUGAAAAGAGCUUCUUUGGGGGUCAGCUGCACGUCUGCUAUGCCCCCGAAUAUGAAACUGUGGAAGAGACGAGGCAAAAGUUACAGGACAGGAGAAGAUAUGUUAACAGAGCAAGCCAAAAUACAGCAAAACAACACAAUCUGCAAUUAGAAGAAAACACAGUGUCUUCAUGCACCAAAACGCAAACAUCUGCAGCACCUGAGAUCCAGAAAGGCUCUGAAAAGGCCAGAAUGGAGAAUGUGAACCGUGACGACAUGGGCUUUUCUGUGCUGCCAUUAGCACCAGAGGACGAUGUUUCUUAUAGACUUCACGGUUUUGAACAGCCGUUACAGUUGCAGUGGACCACUGAUACAACAUUACCUACAGAGGAUAAGAUGGGCUCUCUACAUAAUGCCAUCCCUCCUGUCACAGAAAAAGAAACCAAGCAGUCUGCAUCUUGUAAAAAAGAGAGAGAUUUUAUUAAAAGACAGAAGAAUCUAUCACCAUCUAUCAGAUUUAUGCCAAGGACAACACAUUUAGAAAGUAGAAAAAGAAAGUUGGAGGGACAAGCGUUCUUUUUGAAUGAAGCAGCUGAAACGGAGACUCUGAUUGGUCCUAAAUUACCAGAGCUGCCCAAAGUAGACAUGGAGGAUCAUUCAUUAAAUGUAACCGCCAGUUUGAUCCGUCAAACAAUGAGUAAGGUUACAUCUGUUCCAGAGAUCAAACCUGUACAAGUGAAGACCCCUACAGUAAAGCCACGCAGAAGAAUUUAAUAAGACAAUCAUGGUCUUCGAUUGGGCAAUAUUUUAGAUAUUUAUUUCCAUUUCAGAAACAAGGAUUGUGUAACUAUCUUUUCUCUUAUUACUUAAUUUUUUUUCCCCAUAAAAAGCUGUGGUUCUUUUCAGUGUCCAUGUUGUUCCUGGAAUGCAUGUUGCUCAAAAGCCAGUAUGCUCUGCCAAACAAAUAAAAGAAGAUUUUAAGA